AUGCCUCAGCAGAAGUAUACUGUUUCUUGGAAAACUAUCUCUGUUUCUGAUGUAACUGAGUGUUCCUGUUCAAUUACUUGUUCUGGGACACAAAAACCUGGAAACCUCGGCAGGUGGGUCCAUGGAGAAUUGGAUGGAUAUGGCUGUGAAGGGACUAGCAGCUCCAAGGAUGAGCAAACUGGAGUUGGAAACACAGCGACUGGUCGCUAUGGGAGCAAGCUGGGGAAUAGCAGGACGGACCCAGCUCGGGAGCUCCAGCCCCGCUGGAGAAGACAAGAUCCAUUUUAUUUCACACUGGCACCAUUCAACUUGCUGCAUAACCGGGACUGGCCUUUACCUCUUUGUCUUCCUACCUCUCUCUCCCAAAAACCAGGACCAAAGGCGCCCGAGGCUUACAACCAGAACCAAUCUGAGGAAGAUGUGGAUGAACAAAGUGUGGUUCUAACGCUGGUCCCAUUUACUGAGGAGUCAACCAUAGAAUAUCCUAUGGAAUCAAAUGUUUCUUCAGUCAUAGACCACAAAACACCAGCUCGUUCUCUGGUGAGGUAUGAGGGAAUCAAACACCCAACAAGACCCAUACCGAGCACCGCUCCUCCACUCACCCUGUCUCCUAUUAAUCAUGUGUCCCGGAACAAGCUUCAGGAGUGGUGUCGUUAUCAUAACUUGAGUACAGACAGCAAGAAAGUUGAGGUUUAUUUGAGACUUCAGAGGCAUUCAUAUGCUAAACAAAAAUGUUAUGUCCCCAGCAAAUCUCGUGAGGCCAGACUGAAGCUGGGUCCCAAGAAACCCAAGAUAGUCUUCAGAGGAAUCGGGCCUCCAAGCAGCUGCAAAAGUCAGAAGCAGGAGAGCGGUAUCCUGGAAAUUCUAACUUCACCUAAGGCCUCCACACUUGCAGUCUGGGGGAGAAUUGCCACGAGAGCUGCUCUGUCCAUGUCUGCGAAUCGCUGUCCUCUUCUCUCUAAUGUGGAGGCCUUUCUGUCAGAAACCACUGGAUUCAGAUGGUGUGUUGUCCAUGGCAGGCAGUGCCCUGCACAUAAGAAAGGCUGGGUUCGCCUGUAAUUUUAUGCUGGUCAGACCUGGGUUCCAGACACUCCCCAAAGGAUGAAUUUUCUCUUCCUGUUACCAUCCUGUGUUAUCCCAGAACCAGGAGUAGAAGAUAAUUUGCUAUGUCCUGAAUGUGUUCACAGCAACAAGAAGAUCAUGAAAAACUUUAAAAUUAGAAGCCGUGCAAAGAAAAAUGCCGUACCUCCAAAUAUGCUGCCUUAG